AUGGACCAGAAUAGCGUGGAACAGGAAGUAACAAGAAUUCUUGAACUUCUCAUGGAACGAAAUGUGUCCACCAUUGUUCUUUCUGGGAAAUCAGGAACUGGAAAAACAUGGAUGGCAAGAAAAGUUGGUCUCCUCGCAGUCACAAAUGAAAGAGUUGACAUUAUGCUUUGGAUUUCAUUGAGUGUUAGGCAUGAUGAGAUGUCUCUCUAUGAGCAUAUUGCUCAUCAGUUGUCUCUACUUUCGACUUCUGCGGAGCUGGAAAUUGAUGAUAUCGAGCAGGUACAGAAUGACAAUGGUAAGGAGGAAACCUUGGAUGACUUGAAAGGAAAGGUGCAGAAAAAACUUUCAGCUAGUAAUGUUCUUCAAGGGAUACUUGUAAUUUUGGAUGAUGAAGGAAACAAAAUGAAAGAAGGGGAUCAAGACUUAGAAGAAGUCCUUCAGUUUAUCCGGCAGAAUGCCUGCCAGCCGUCAAUAGAAGUUGCUGAUAGAGAUGGACAGCAAAAACUUAAGGUGCUAAUAACUUCUAGGAAUGAAGAUAUGAGGCACCAAACUCGGGGGGAUAAGGAAGUGAUUGACAUGAAACGUCUAACUCCAGAAAUGUCAAUUUCUUUGUUAAAGCAAUGGGCUGUGGCAAAAGUUUUUGAAAUUUCAGGUGUUGAAAUUUUAGUUGAAAACUUCAUCGAUAAAAAAGAAGGUCUUACACCUGGAGAAGUAGCCUUGCUAGCAAACCUACUAAAUUACCAUCAACAUGAUUCCAAAGUGCAGGAUCUGCAACAGGCUUUGGAAGAAGCAUGGGGUGGUGAUGACUACAAUUACACCCUGUUGCUCUCAAGUGGAUACGGAGGGGUGUCAGAUCGUAUUUUAGUUGACCUUUCUUGGCAGGGCAGCCAUUUCUUCCUUGACCAUGGAUCUGUUCACUACGGUGAGCUGAUAUCAUACUGGAUACUAGAAGGAUAUCUUAGUCCUUUUAACAGUCUUAAGGAGGCUUAUGAGGAGGGGCACCGUGUUUUGAUACAGCUUAUGCACUGUCAAAUGCUGAAAGAAGUAGGUGAUGAUUUCCUCCAAAUGGUUAGAGGAACCGUACUUAUUAACUAUCAUCGUCAGGGAUAUGGUGGAAUAGCUAAUCUGGGGUUGGCCAAUGUUGUUGUGAAUAGUAAUGAUUGGCAUGGCAUUGGAAAAGUCACUUUGAUGGAUGGUGUGAUCAGAACACUAGUCAAUCAUGAAAAAGUGCAGCAAUCAAAAGUACUUUUACUGGACGGGAACUGUCUCAGCGGGGAAGAUCCGAAUAGUCUCCUACCGAACAAUCAGGAACUGCAAAUUCUGGGUCUUUUCAGCCUCAGAAUUAAAUCAUUGCCUCGUUGCUUCUGCUGCUUGAAAAAACUGAACGUCCUUGUGCUCAGGGACUGUGAUUUCUUAGAAAAGAUUGAUGAAAUUGGAGAACUAACGACAUUAACUGUCCUUGAAGUAUCUGGUUCUGGCUUGAUAGAAAGUAUACCAGAUAACUUUUUUCAGCAAAUGACCCAAGUUCGUACCCUCCACUUCUCUGACCUUCAGAUUAAAGUCUUGCCUAAAUCUUUUUAUGACCUUACAGAACUGCGCUGGCUCAUUCUGAAGGGCUUGUCUCAUUUGACAGAGUUGAAGAGUCUGAAGAAGUGUGAAAAACUUAUGGUUGUUGAUCUUUCUGGUGCUGCCUCCUUGCCUACUUUUCCAGAAAAGAACUUGAAAUCAUUGCCGAAACUUCAAACGUUGUUUGAAUCUGGAGAAGCUGCAAGCUUGGAUUCGAGAAAGCUGGAAGAGCUUGAUUUAUCAGACUGCCAAGCUUUGACCAUGAUAGAAGAUGUAUCUUUUCAGCAUCUACCUCGCCUUCGGCGACUUAUCCUCUCCAAUGCUAAGAUUGAACGCUUACCAGACCUCAACUCCCUCUCAAAUCUUGAGGAGCUAAAUUUGAGUGGUGUUAUAUCAAUUGAAAGAGUUGAUUUCAUUGAGCAUAUGAGUAAACUUCAGUAUCUAAACCUCUCUGAGACCUUAAUUGAACAGCUACCCAGCUUAUCAAAUCUCAAAGGCCUGAAGCAUCUGUUUUUAAGGGCCUGUCAACAACUAGAGGCUCUUCCACCCUUAGAAGUGCAUCACAACCUUGAGACUCUUGAUGUUUCACAGACAACAAUAACGCAACUGCCAUUGUUAGAAAAUUUAAGCAACCUGCGUACUCUUUUGCUUAAUGAUUGUUCAACGUUGAAAGACUUUGAAAACCUCGAGAUGCUUCACAUAUCUCCAGUAGAAAAUCUCCCUUGUGGAAUCUCAAAAUUGACUCAGCUGCAGUGUCUUGCUUUGCCCAGUAAAAAGAAAAAUAUUCAAGCAGCUGAUAGCAACAAGGUAUCUAGGCACUUCUCUAAAUCAUCAGGGCUGUUGAUGGAGAUUCAUCAUCAUAGCACUUUUCCCUGGGGUUCUGAGACUGUACUUCAUAAUGCUGAGCAUGUCUUCAUGUUUGAUAAUUUGUUUUGCAAAUUAUUAUCUGAUCUGGGUGCUGACAACAUCCGGAUGAUCAGAGGCCGUUGGAUUGAGGGAUAUGAAAAUUUGGAGUUUGUAAUCAAGACGAAUGACUUGGUAAAUGGCAGUGAACUGGGGAUAGCACUUGAGAUUUUGUCGAUCUCGAGUGCUCUGAGUUUAGAGAGCAUAUGCAGUGGAGACCUGCAGUUUGGGAGCUUUCAGAAUCUGAAGUGCUUGUAUCUAGAUUGUUGCUCAAAGCUGUCAAGGGUUUGCAUUUCAUCCCACUUCCUGCAAAAGCUUGAAAUUCUGGAUGUCAGAUUUUGUGAGAAUUUGAAGACUUUGUUUAACAAUGAUGUAGAAGGGCACAAACUACCAAACUUGCGAAGAUUGCGAUUGUGGGAACUACCAAAACUAAAAAGCAUUGGGUGCAUUAUGCCGUCUCUACAACUUUUGGAAGUUGGCGAGUGUCCGGUGCUUGGAUACAUACUAUCUGGAGGUCAGCAUGCUAUUUCCUCAAGCCACAUGCUAGAAAAUCUGGAGGUCCUGAAUGUCAGAUUCUGUGACAACUUGGAAACUUUGUUUGUGGGCAUCACAUCAGAUAAUUGUUUAUUCCCAAGCUUACAUACAGUUCAGCUGUGGGAUUUACCAAAGCUGGUCAGCAUUGGCACUAAUUUGCCACCUCUGCAGAAAUCCAUUAUCAGGGAUUGCCCUAAACUAGCUAUUCCUAUGUCAUGA